UCCUGAGAUUUGUGCGUGAUGAAGAAGUAGAGCGUGACAGGAAAAUGGAGCACGAGGGACACUCAGCACCACGCGCAAGUGAACACGAUGAGGAGAUCCCGCUUGCUUGUCAUUACUGGAAUUUCAUGUUUGGCACAUCCACUGGAGGCAUCAUCGCCAUCAUGCUCGGUCGGCUUCGCAUGAGCAUCGCGGACUGCAUUGCUACCUACCGCAAUCUGGGCAGCGAAAUCUUUGCAAAGCGACAGACUUUCCACUUCCUCGGUCAGAACAAGUAUGACUACGGUAAACUCGAGCAAAUCAUCCAGGAUGUGGUACGGAGGCAUGGCGGUAACGACCUGCCAUUAUCAGACUCCGGUGUGCUGAACAAAGGCCAUCCCGACAAGCAGGAGAGAGUACGAAAUCGAUUGGUACCUUGCCGCGUAGGCGUUUUUGCAGUUCAGAGCGAUACCCAAGGUGGCAUGGACGAGAAGAUUCAUCUCUUCAGGUCAUACUAUAACUCCGCACCCCCAGGCAACAGAGAGCUGGACGACCCUACGAUAAACCUUAGACAACAGCUCGAUGCUCCCAUUUGGAGAAUAGCGCGUGCUACCUCUGCAGCCCCCACAUACUUUCGCUCGAUCGAGGUGAAAGGACUUAGAUUUAUCGACGGGGGCCUGCUAGCCAACAACCCGAGCCAGCUGGCCAGAGCCGAAGUCAAUUCCAUGCACCAGCAUCACCCAUCAGGGGGCUGCAGAACUUCUGAUGGAGGCAUCCGCUUCCUGGUUUCGCUCGGGACUGGAAGACAAGCAGAACAACUGAUCACAAGAGGCGCUGGUCCGAUACCGAAGCUUCUAAGCAUUGUGAGACGUGCGCUCAAAGAGAUGACGAAUCCCGAACCAGUUCAUCAGGAUCUGAAAAGAGUCCUUGACCCUAAAAUCUACCACCGCUUCAAUGUCGAAAAGGGCCUCAAGAACAUGAAGCUCGACGAAUGUAAAGUGCUAAAAGACGGCCAAAAAUCCCACAACCUCACUUUCAGCAAGAUAGAAGAAGCAGUUAAGGACUAUCUCGGUGAAGACGAUGUCUGGAAACGCUUGAAGGAUUUGGCGAGGCAGCUUGUUGAUCAUCGCCGAGAGAGACGCAGACCCGGAUACGAAUGGUUCCGCGGCCUCUCUAUACCAGGUCCUCUCUUAAACCCGAUUGAUGACGCUUUCAGGAGCGAGGAUACGAGCAACGGUGCCACCAACGUCAAUCGGAGAGGCUCCUUGCCCGAACCAUUGAACCGAGCCGUCGAGAUGCCCACAACAAUCCCAGAGAUGCCGACAGGACUAAUGAUAUCUGAAUUACAACCCAACAGCCCAAUACAAGACUUAACCAGGAGUCUCCCGACAAGUCCAACAUACAUGCCUUUCGACUCAGCCAUGACUCCACAGGAGGAGUGGUGUUUACCAACCUCGCACGUACUGGAAUAUCAUACUCCGAAUUGACCACGUCUGCCCCAGACUAACCAUUUACGAAUGUGCUCGAUUUACUUCUAACAUCUUGAUUACUGACUCUCUUUCCUUCAACUCCAUGAAGCUGUCUUCUUUGUUAUUUUCCCAUCCUCAUGAUACCAUCUUCAUUGCUUCCUGAUGAUACGGUCCUUUACUCAUGCGUUGCUUGCCUUCUACGCUUCAUGCCCCAUUUGCCCAUUACACUUUCUUAUACUGAUACUAAGUCGGC